AUGAUGAAGAUUUUUGUAUUUGCCCUUUUGGCUUUGUUUAUCCCUGGUCUCGAUGCUGCUGCUGGGAAAUUAGACCUGAAGGAUUUGAAGUUUGUCCUUUACGGGAAACACGGUGAAGGUAUUUCAGCCGGGAAAAGCACCUGUCCCCUGGGUUCUAUUCCUGACAGCAUUUUCCUUCACAAGACAUUUAAGAAGGGUGACGCUUUCUUCACAUGGGUCAAACCAGUUCAUAAUAAGGUAAAUGAAGUUGUCUGUGGAUCCCAUGAAGUAUGGAAGGCAGCUGACGGCGAAGUACUUUUGGACUUACACUUUGUUGGUAUACCAAAAGACGAUGCCAAGAAGUUUGUACACCUCGAGCUUCUACACAAAUUGGGAGGUAUAUUUCACGUGUUCCUUUUAUUCGAUGGCACAGCCGCUGCAAAGGCAGUUAGUAUGGCUAAAUUCAUAGCUGGUAUUCACGAUUUGUCUCUAGAACUCCACAAACUUGAAGGUAUUCCAGCACACCAUCUCAUACAUGAACUAGCACUUCAUGCGGCCGCCUAA